AGCAUCCCGAGCUGAGGCGCCGAGCCAUCCGGUACCGGCGCGUGCACGCCACCGCCUGCGCGGUGUUGCUCAGGCUCUUGAAGCAACGCGCACUGUGCCAGCUGCUCUGGCACGCGCCCCAGAUCAUCAACCAAUUCAGGCGCGCAGCAGAGGCACAGCGCCCGCAGUCCUCUCCGCUUGCCCCCGCUUCCCCUUCUCUUCCUUCUCGAAGCUCCUUUGAACCGAAACAAACCAAAGGCCCAGACCCAACCAAACCGUUCCUCCCGCCCUCUCACCGUCCCCUUCCCCCUCCCGCCCUUCCUUCCUCGGCAAGCCCUAGGGUUUAGGGCUUUAGGCGCCGCGAUGUACGGAGGCGGCGGCGGGCACUACGAUGGCGGCGGUGGCGCCGCGAACGCCAACUCCCUCUUCGGCGGCGGGGGCUUCAUGCCGUCGCAGUCCACCGCGGCCCCGGAGAGCAGCGGCGGCGGCAGCCUCUCCAAGGGCCGGAACGCGCAGACGCUGCUGCCGCUCACCGUGAAGCAGAUCAUGGACGCGGCGCCCAGCGAUGACAAGUCCAAUUUCGCCAUCAACAGCGUCGAGGUGUCCACGAUUAGGCUUGUUGGACGCAUGCUUGGUAAGGUUGAGCGGGUCACAGAUGUUGCGUUCAUUCUUGAUGAUGGUACCGGCAAGAUAGAUGUGAAUCGCUGGGAAAAUGAGUCUUCUGACACUAAGGAAAUGGCUGAUGUCAACGAUGGAAACUAUGUCAUUGUCAAUGGUGGCUUGAAAGGUUUUCAAGGAAAGCGUCAUGUGGUUGCUUACUCUGUUCGGCGUGUGACGAACUUCAACGAUAUAACACAUCACUUUCUGCACUGCAUUUAUGUGCAUUUGGAGCUCACCAAGUCAAAUUCGCGGUUGCCGUCCCAAAUAAAUGCUAGUACUGGAAUCCCUGGACAUGCUAACCAAGUUCGACUCCCCAAUAAUCAGGCUACAACAUUCUCGGCAUCAGGAAAUACUGCUGGAAAUGAUGUAUCUAGCUUGGUCAUGAGUGUUUUUCAUGACCCAGCGAUCAUAGACCGGGAGGAUGGGAUAACUGUGGCAUAUAUCAUUGAUCGUCUUAAACUACCAGAGGAAGUAAUCAAGGAGGUCAUGCAAAAACAUAUUGACGAUGGCAACAUUUACAACACGAUCGAUGAUCUCCAUUACAGGUCCGCCAUGAAUGGCUGAUCAUGUUCCAAGCCUGUGUCAGGCUCCUCCGUGUAGGCGUGGAGCUGUUUCAAGCAAGAAAUGUGAGCACUCUGCAGGAUUGCCUCGCAUAUCUUGCAUAUUCGUAAGGGAACCAACAGCUUAACGGCUAGGUUAAGCUGUGUAGCUGAGUACAGUUCCCUUAUUGCAAUUAUCUAUGUAAUGGAGUAAUGGACACGUGAUGUGAGUAGGCUAGGUCUCCCUUCAGGACAUCUGUUGUGUUUGCCAUUCUAGUAAUCCUGUGUAAUCACCCAUGUUUUGUUUAUCUA